GCGCAUUUCUCUAGACUUGUUAUAAUUUACCGUCAAAAUAAUUUCAUUCAAAGUUCAAACUUAGAAUUUUUUUUUUGCUAGUCAGUAGUCACAAAAAAAAGGAUAAUGAAAAAGAAAUAUAAUAAUUUAGUAUGAUGGCACUCACUAUCAGAAAACUAUUUUAUAGAUAUGCAAAAUUAUUAAUUAUAAUUGUUUUAGCAAUAUUUUUUGCACAGCUAAUCGUAUCGAUAAUUUAUUUUCCUUCUAUUCAUGACAAUUUACUAAGACGGAGUGGAUACACAUCUUCUUUAUCCAUUGACAUAAGCGACGUUUCUGCAAGAAAAGGAGGGCAAAUUUUUGAAGACGAUGAAGAAUCAUCAAAAAAUAACGCACAAAAACUCGCCAUGACUUUGCGGCUAGAAGAAUUAGAUUUUGUUCCAAUGUGCGAUGUAACAAACAAGGAAGCUAUUUCAGCUAUUCAUAGAGCCAAAACUCAGUACUGCAAACAAGUAUUAGUAAAUAAAACAUGUCAAAUAGUAGAAGGUCAUUUUUAUCCAAAACAACUUACAAACAAAUGUCGAUCUAAUAUCAGAAAAUAUGGUAAACAUUUGGGAUGUUAUCUGGAUGAAAAAAAAUUAAGAUUGUUGUCAAGUUUUUAUGGUAACUAUGCAACUACAAAUACACCAACAUUUUGUUUAGAUAUCUGCUUACAAGCUGGAUUGCCUUAUGCAGGUGUUCAGUAUGGAACAGAGUGUUUUUGUGGCGAUGUUGCUCCGCCUUCAAAUGCAAAAAUCUCAGAAAAGUCAUGUGACAUGAAAUGUCCUGGAGAUCAAAACAAAGUAUGUGGUGGAUACUUCACUAUGAACAUAUACGAGACAGGCUUAGACAAAUUUUUGCCUCAGACUCCGAUCACUGGUGAAAAAGGAGACAAUUCUGUGAGAAUUGUUUUUCUUUUGACAUUAAAUGGCAGAGCGAUAAGACAAGUACACAGGUUAAUUAAUGCGUUAUAUAGAACAAAGCAUUACUUUUACAUACAUGUUGACAAACGUCAAAAUUACAUGCAUCGCAAGUUACUAAAGCUACAGAGGAAUUUCAACAAUAUUAGAAUAGCUCCACUACGAUAUUCAACCAUAUGGGGUGGAGCGUCAUUACUUCAAAUGUUGUUAAGUUGUAUGAGGGACUUCUUCGAGUUAGGCUGGCAAUGGGACUAUGUUAUAAACCUUAGUGAAAGUGAUUUUCCUAUAAAGUCAUUGGAGGAGUUAGAGACAUUUUUAUAUCAUAACAAAGGCUUAAAUUUCGUAAAAUCGCACGGAAGGGAGGUGCAAAGAUUUAUAAAGAAGCAAGGGCUAGAUAAAACGUUUGUCGAAUGCGAGACUCACAUGUGGCGGAUCGGAGAGAGAAAACUACCGCGGGGAAUAACAAUAGACGGCGGCAGCGAUUGGGUCGCGCUUUCGCCCGAAUUUGUAUCUUAUGUCACUGGUGAUAAAGAUGAACUGCUCAGAGGCUUGGAUGUCGUUUUUGAACAUACUCUGCUACCAGCCGAAUCAUACUUCCACACUGUUCUGAGGAAUUCAAAAUUUUGCAACACAUAUGUCGAUAAUAAUUUGCAUGUUACUAAUUGGAAGAGGAAAUUGGGAUGCAAAUGUCAGUACAAACACGUGGUGGACUGGUGCGGUUGCUCACCCAAUGACUUUAAAACAGAGGACUGGCCAAAAAUUCAAAAUACAAUAAAUAGGCAACUGUUUUUCGCUAGAAAGUUCGAGCCUAUUAUAAACCAAGAAAUCAUUACGAGAGUUGAACAACUUAUAGGAAUUGAUGAUCACUACUUAAUAAAGAAUUUAGAAGCUUAUUGGCAGAACGUUUACGACAUUGAAGACUUGACGGCGAGCACUGACGACACAAUUUUAACACACGCAAGCAGUAUUUUACGACACAGUUCAAAAAUACUAGCUUCAGAAGACUGCCAAAUACUGUUAGGCGAUAUAAUCGAAGUAAACAAUUACAAAUAUGCCGAUGUAUAUAAAGGGAAUUUGAUCCUACAUAAAGUAGCUCUGAAUAAUAAUUUAGAAGCUGUUCUCGAAACAUGGUAUAAGUCUAAUAAUGUAAUAGAAUUGAGUUCCGAUAAACCAUAUUUGGACUUCAUUCAAAAGUUCAAAGUCAGUUCAGAAUAUGACCAAAAAGAAAUGACCUUUAGAAAUUUGGGUGAUAUACUUGGUCCCUUCUCAGAACCAAUAUUACUGUAUGAAUUUUCUGCAUUUAAAGCUUCUGGAAAUCUCUCUGUACUGUGGUUAGAUCCGGCUGGUGUACUUGCUGAUGUGAAUGUUAUUUCCAGAGACGAGAAUAACUUGACAAACUUCAUUAAGCCAACAAUAAAAAAUCCACUUCUUCCUGGUGUUUGGAAAGUGGCGCUAUUUGAUCAAAGCGAAUUAUUAGAAGUCACAAAGUUUUUAAUAACACCUUUAGAAUUUUAUUCUAAUAAAGAAAUAACACACCAAGAGGUAAACCUAAUACACAGUGGAUCACAGAAUUCUUACAAGAAUUUUACCCAUACUAAAGGUAAAAACUUUCUGCCCAGUCGGGAACAAAUGUUACAUUAUAGUGAGAUAUCUCACUCAAACACUAUGAGAACUGGAGACGAUCUAAGAGAAUGGAUAGAUAGUAUGAGUCCAGAGUUUUAUACUAUUUUAGGUACUUGUGUUGUUGCUUCUAGUAAUCAAUUGAAUGACAAAGUGGUUUGUGGUAAAUAUAAGUUUGAAUUCUGUGAGUUGAGUGAAUGGAGCUCGAAGUCUCCUGAUCCCAAAGGUACAUUAGGUACUCUUGAUAAAGGGAAUGGUCGUUUAAAAAGAAUAUGACAUAAACUUUCAUUUUUGUAAAACAAAAAUAGUAUCAAAUAUUGAUGAGAUCAAUGUGUAUUAUUGAAUAAUUAACUUACUGAACAACUUCAUUCAAGACUGAUGUAAAUACUAAGUAAUAGUCAAAUAAAUUUGUAUUAAAUCCUUAAAUUAUCAAGCUGUUUAAAAGUCCUUGUUCUUGGUCCUCAAACUUGAACUGGGUGAUUUAAGAUUUGAAAUUACUUGAUGAACAAGCAAUAAUAAAAAAUUUAACUGGUCCUAAAUUUAUCUUGUUUUAAUUUACUUCAGUAUUAAGGGUCCAGUUUACUUCCUUUUGUUUUUGUUUCAAAUAAUAUUUGUAUAUUAUUAUAAUAAUAAAAAUUUAUUAGGUAGGAAUGUUGAAAUUUUAUCUUUGAAUAUAGUGGAAUAGUAUAAUUCAUAAUAUAAAGCCAUACGAAUGUAAGGUUUUCUGUACAUGUUACAUAGUUUGUUACAAUAAAAUGAUUUUUAAUAAA